AUGCGUAUUCACACGAACGAGAAACCGUACGAAUGCGAUGUGUGCGAGAAGCGUUUUACUCAAUCUGGUCAUUUGAAAACCCACACGCUGUACAUACAUACAUACCAGUACCCCGAAAAAGUACAUCAGUCCCUUCACCUCAUCACCGAAGAAGAGAAAAUUUUCCUCUUCUUCUUCUUCAGCUCUUUUUACAUCGUCAGAUUUUAA